AUGUCUGGAUCGACAACCAACCCCUCCGAAGCAACCCGGAGCAACCGCGGAACCCGUAGUGGAACCCGCAGCAAGCUCAAGGCGUUGCGAGCGGAGAUCAAGUCCAAGCUCGCCGCGAGCCAAGAGCGGCUCGAGCAUACACUCGCCGAAGCCGCGGCGAGUCAGCAGCGGAUUAAUGCCGCGCUCGAAGAGUCCAAGCAGACCCGCAAGGAUCUGAUGGACGCCGUCGACGAGGCACUGUCGGCGGCGAGCAGCAGCAGUAGCGGCCGUUCAUCGCGCGCGCAGACCGCUCGGACUGAGUCCUCCGACCAGGAGAACUCAGCCGGAGCACCCACGGAGCAGGCGCCGUCCGACCGUGAGGUCGAACACGCACUGGGCACAGAGCAGCCCGAGCCCACCGUUGGGUCUGCUCAGAGCCACCCGGAAACACUAUCCCGGGCAGCUCCAGCCCAAGCAGCGAAGCCGGGCACCCUCCCGAAGGAUGGUGCACGCGCCGAGUUCGACGACAGGCCUGGCGCCGAGCUCGAACCCGAACUGAGCGAGCGGUGCGUCGAGUCGACGCAUCUCCAGGUUCGGGAGGGUAUAGGCACACAGUACUACAGUAGUAGUACUAUGUACAGUGGAAGCGAGCCCACGCCCCUAGAUACCCUCGUCGCGCGCUCAGAAAUGAGCCGCGAUACAAAAAAUAUAUUGCCACUGUCGAACGACGUGCGCGCCACGACGAGCAGCCGGCUCGACGCGACGCGCGACGCGCUCAACGCUACGAGCGUUGAGCGUCACGAGUCCGUGGCGAGCGCCCCGCGUGCUAGCGCCUACCGCACUACGCUCGACCGCCACCACCGACCCGCCGUUCUCGACCACCUCCACUCUCUGGGCAGCCACCUCGAGCGCCCGUCUGGCGAACCAGACGCGCGCGCCGUCCCAACGCGAGUGCGAACUCGUGUUUGCGACUGGCUGGCUGACUUACCGCCAGUCCAGUCAGUGGCGACCGACCUGGUACCUCCCGGUACCAGAUCGCCACUUCCUCCAUCCCCGGCUCUUCACCUCUCCCCUCUUGCCUCUCGCCUCGACUUGGGUGGUCCCCUCCUCGAGUCCGAUAACUCUGGCGACCGAUACCGCGGCUCUGGCGACACGCAACCCAGCCACGCGACCCAGGACUUGAACGACGCGCGUUCAAGUCCAACGCCGAGUAGCGAGACUGAGCGGACCAUGGACAACGCAGAUCGAGGAGAACGGAAGAAGGACAGGGGGCAGAGGAGUAGCGAGGAUGAGGAGGGAACGCAGGGACAGAGGGAGGAAGGGUGCUGGGCGAGCAGGAAGCAUGAGCCCGAAGGCUCGACCACCACAGGUACGUACUCACUGUACGUUCCUGCAUCGCAGCCCCCGCUUCCCGUGCCCGUGCUAGCAGGCGUAGCGACGAACAAGAAGCUCGUCGUGCGCACUGCUAGCCACGAAGAUGGCAACUACGUCCCCAGGCACGACUGCGAAGUCGUACCUGAUGUUCCGGGUGGUAGCACGCCCAAGGUGCUGCGGGACGACCUCCAGGUCGUACCCUCCAUGCCCCCUGUAUCCGCGCCAGUAGGCGUCUCGACGAACGUAAGGCUCGUCGUGCGCACUACUGGCCACGAAUAUGGCACUUCCGCCCACAGGUACAACUGCGAAGUCGUACCGGAUGUCCCACGGGAGCUGCGGUACGACCCUGAGGUCGUACCCGGACCCUCCACUUUGCAAGGCAAUACGACGGACGCGCAGUACUGCACGUCCGACGUGCCCCAUAAUUUCUCGACCGGAUAUCGAGUAGCGGAUACGCCCCAGACGGACGUAUCCGCCUCGAUAUCUCCCUCCUUGACGGUGCCCGCACAGGCAAUCGUAGCGACGAACGUGAAGUUCGCCGCGCGCAUUGCUAGCGAUGGAGAGGGUACGAUCGCGCCGCGGGGCGACCCAAGGAUCGUACCCCCCACUCUGCAAGACGGAGCGCCGGUGUUAGAGGACGACCGCGAGGUCGUACUAUUCAUUUCGCAAGGCGGCACAACGGACCAGCAGCGAUGCAGGUCCGAUGUGCCCCAUUCAACCUCGACUGGAUGUGACGCGGUGUUCGCUGACUCCUCGUCGGCCAGUCGCAUCGCGCACUCAACUGCGCCUCAAGACACCUUGCACAUCCUCACGGAAGUACAGGCGUCCGACUGCUUCAGCACAGCUGAACCUCAUUUGGUUCAGCUGGCCGAGCCAUUGGACGACCCCGACGAUCUCUCCCGCAACGCGCUCGAUCCCGCAAGGGUUAUGGCGAGCGACCCUCAGCGUAUGACCUCUCCGCGAGAAGCUUGUACCGCCCUAACGGACGUGCAAACACAACUCCUUCGGGUAUGCGCAGCUGAACCAUCCACGGUUCAACUGGCAGAUUCCCCGGACGACCCCACUUAUGACCGACAGUCGUCUUGCCACGACGUCGACGCAGACGGCUGCCGAACCGUCACGCAUGCGACCCAGGACGCACGUAUCGCCCCAACGGCCGUGCGUCAGAGCGACCGUCCAUGCGCAGCCGAACCGCACGCGGUUCAGCUGCUAGACCUCGGCACUGUCAGCAGCCACCAAUCUCUCUGCGACCCCAGUGCUCCUGCGAACGCGCAGUCCGACGCUUGCGUAUUCACAAUGAACGCGCUAGCUCGAGAUCGCGACUCGACUGCUGCACUACUGCCAGUGCAGCAGCCGGCGCUUACGGACCCCGACAGACCAGAACGGCAUCCCGACCGUCAACCCGACGAGAACUUCACAGUUCUCGUCGAGGGCUCGCUCCUAGGGACCCCUACCCAACUCCCCAUCGACUCCUUCGCGGCUCCCGACAUCGGUGGCGACUACGAGAGGCACCACGAGUCGGAGGUCGCGCGCGCACUCCGGAGAUCGAGUGCAGGACGGAUGGCGGAUCAGGCCGGGGACGAGGGGGACGUGGAUGAGAGUGCAGAGACAGAGGAGUCAGAUGAGGAGGGUCUGGCAGAAGGAGGAGGGGAGGAAGGGUGCGGUGUAGGCGAAGGAGACGAACCUGCGAGCUCGAAAGACAGAGGUACGUCCAUGUCGGAGGUACCUCCCCCGCCUCUACCACCUCCUCCUACACCGCCACCACCACCCGUGACGACCACGACAACCAAUGCGGUUAUCGUGGCAGCCACCACGCAUGUCGACGGUAUGAUCGACCCAUGGGGCGACCUACAGGUCGAGCCCAGCACGGACAGGCCGUGCGGGACGAUCGGUGGGCGAGUGCGCUCGACCGGCGUACCCAAAGUCCCUGCGACUCACACGCAGACGUCGGACUCUUCGUUCGACGCCUGUUUCGAGGAACCCGACAGUGACUCGAAAAGCGAGUACCUCACGGUACUCGCCCUGCCGUCACCACCCCCUGUUCCGAUACCACCACCGAUCGCGACCACCCCGAAGGUCGUCGCAAUCGACACUGGUCCAUCCACACCACGGAGCGACAUCGCAAUCGCAUCCGCUGGCACGCACGGCGGCGCGCCCGGGGUGCACACAGGCACUACCGGCGCGUCCCACCUCUCCGAUACAGGUGUAGUACCGACAUCAAGCAUCAAGCUUGAGGUAGGUGCCGAUGAGCACCCUCAUGAGCAGUGCGAGUACCAUAAGGUACUCAAGUCUCUGCCUGCGUCAAGUGCAGUGGGUGCCGCACAAGGACACGACAUUUCUCCUGUCAAAGGCAAGUACCUCACGGUACUCGCCAGCUCACCUACUAUAGUUGCAGUGUCACCGCCGUGUCACACUGCAACAGACCUCGACGAAGAUACAGGCGAGCUCAAUCCCGCGAAUCGUGGCCAGUCAGCCGGUACGUCUACAAAUGUAGACGUACGACGGACUGCACCCGGACCUGAAUGGCGACCGUCGGGACGCUACGUGCUGCCGGCACGUCGCGUUCAGCAAGACCGACGCGAUCUGGACGUGUACUUCGACGGCGAGCACCAGCCCAAAUACUGCGAAGUACUUGUUGCGUCUAGCGAACGAGACCGGGAGCUACCGCCGAGCACAUCCAAGAUGGAUGUGCUGUUAUCUUCCCUGGACCCAGCACAGUCGAAUGGAUCGACGCGAACUGGCGGAUCCACAUCCGUGGCUCCAGGAUCAGGGACACCUGGCGAGAACGAACCUUCGUUCUUGCGGAUGCAAAUGCCCAGUGCGUCGACUCGUGCGACUACUAGAGUGUCGCCGCGUGCCCAAACGGAGAUGCGUUCCCGGGAUCCAUUGAAAGGUUUCCAGAUCUAUCUCGAGGGACUCAAAGCUCAGUCGAUGCGAAGGCCGGAACCAUUGGAUUCAGGCGAACGGCGACGUUCAUCUACAACUGAUGGUACCAAGACCGAGCCGGCGCGAGCGCAAGGAGGAGCUACCUCCUCUACGAGGGGGGUUACUCUCUUGAGAGGGGAAGGGAGCGGGGCCUCGAGCAGCCACCGCUUGAUCCACACCAUGGCCAGUACACCACGCGAAGAUGUACUGGUCCCGGAUCCCCUAGUGACACGGAUGUCAAGCCGUGAGCUCGACUUACGGGCCACCCAUGGGAACUCGACGCGAAGAUCAGGCAGUCGCACAGUGAGCCAGGGGUUCGACGUGCAGGAUACCGUGCGAGUGGCCAGUACAUCACAUAGUGAUGUACUGGAACUGGAUGUAGUCACAGGCCGUACGUCCAAUGUCGACGUACGGGCUUCACGUCGAACAUUGAGGCAGGUACCACCUGUACUGCAUGCGUCGAGUGAUCGAAUCGAGGUGCAGGAUACUCGUGAUCGUCGCAGCCGCGACAUCACUUCGGAAACCAGUACCUCGCGCCACGAAGUACUGGGAUUAAACCGAGUACCGACUGCACUGGGUCACCCAGUGACUGUCGACGUGAGUCGAUGGCCCACGGAUAAGGUGUCGCGUGAGGAGUGCUUCACCCUCCUUGCAGACCAGCUUGACCAUGACUUCGACGAGGCUGAUGUCGCGGCAAGUACUGGCGAGUGGGACAUCUGGGCUCACUGCAAGAGGUCAGCCCUUAGCUGUGGGCAGGCCAUCGAGGAUAUGUCCCCACGACCAGGGACAUACUCUCGUGCAGCUUGUCGAGCAUGGGACCACUUCCAGAGGGAGUUGGAAGUGGUUCCACUCGAGUUUGAUCCUCGGCUCGUUGCACCACUUCCUAUGGAGAUGGUACGACAUUGGGCCUACAACAAGCUGGGAUGGCUUGUUGUACCACCUCGUCAACAACCAGUGGAUGAGUCCGACUGGUACAACUCCUCUGAUGAGGAGCCUCGUACCAUGACUCGUGAGGAGUACCCUGACCAUGUUGAGUCGGAGUAUCCCUCCGAGUCCGAGCAUCUUAGCUCGUGGGACUCACGAAGAUCUGGGUCUGAGGAGACUAACUCGGUAGUAGUCUCUGACUACUACGAGCAGUCUGAGAUGGAGGAUACCCUUAGCUCUUCUGCACUAUCUGCCGACGAUGAGGGUAACUCUGAAGAUGCUGACUACUACUCCGAGUCCGAGUAG